UUCUUAAAUAAUCAAGUUCCGUUAAAUUAAAAUGUGGUAGAGCUAAAGAACCCUCCUUUUCACGCUAUAAAUAGCAUCUCCACUUCCCACAUUUCCCAUCACAUUUCAAACAAACACAAGCAAACACUCCUUCAUUGUUUUUCCACAUAUUUCUUUCAAUUUCAAGCUCCAAAAUCAUAACCAUGGUUGCCAUCACCUAUGAUAUGGAGAUCCUUUCCUCCAUCCCAGCUGCAAAGAUGUUCAAGGCCGUAGUUCUCGACGCCGACACCCUCAUCCCCAAGAUCAUGCCUCAGGCCAUCAAGAGCGUCGAGAUCUUGGAAGGAGACGGCGGCGUUGGCACCGUCAAGAUCAUUCAUUUUGGCGAUGGGAGUCAGUUUAAGAGCGUUAAGCACCGUGUCGAGGCCAUCGAUAAGGAGAACUUGACACACACCUACAGCAUCAUUGAAGGUGAUGCUCUAUCAGAUGUUAUUGAAUCCAUCACUUAUCAUAUCAAGAUCGUUCCAACUGAAGAUGGAGGAAGCAUCUGCAAGAACAGAAGCAUUUACAACACCAAAGGAGACGUCGAGAUCAGUGAGGAGAAGAUAAAGGAGGGGAAAGAGAAGGCCAUGGCUAUGUUCAAGGCCAUUGAGGCUUACCUCCACGCCAAUCCCGACUGCUAGAAGCUAAAAUACUUACGUGCAUGAUUUUCAGUUUUUUCAUUUCUUUUUUUCUGUUCAAGCUUGCAUUUGAUGUAUCGUAAUUGAAUAAAAAGUUCCUUCUGUGACUUUUUCUUGGUAUUGUGGUGGUUUUCACAAAAAUGUUUAAAGAUGUUUUUGGUACAUAAUCCUAUUUUAUACAAUUCGAUUCGGAAAA